AUGCCUCAAGCAAUUGUAUCUGUAAAACCUUUUGAUUCUGUCUUUCUACAACCAUGGAUACAAACUGCCCUAGCCGAACACGAUCCAAGACUGGGUGAUCGUCUAAUCCCGCCAGUGCCCACUCAGGAUCUUUCCCAACCAGAACUAAGCUCCAAAGUGCUUUCCAAUAUACGUCAUUUCGUAAAAGUUACAAGAUUCUUUGAUGUGGAUCAUUACACAGUGUAUGCUUCCAUAAGAGAUUCCAAAGCUCAAUUGCUUAGUUGA